AUGGUGGCAGCGUCGUCAGCUUCUCGGGUUAAGCCCGUGAAGCGCUUAAAAGGAGGAACAGAGACCACCAAGUCGCAUAGAUUUGAACCGUUCUCCCAGCGUGUUGCGAAACUAAAGGUCGACCCCAUCCAUCGCGUGCGCCGACCGAGUUUUGGAGAUGAAGGCGAUGAGACAUCGUCACACUUUAGGUCUGCGUUUGAACAUUGGGUUGAGUUGAAUUUGUCAGAGAAUUUCGUCGCUUUCUCCCGUCAAGUUAACCCACUCUGCGAGAGCUUGGCUCAGAUACUAUACCAUGAAGAGAGGAUAAUGAGUUUGUUGGUCGAGUUUAUUGAGAAAAGAGAUUCGCUAUGCAUGGAACCUUUAUUAAGUCUCCUUGCCCAGUUUGCCAGGGAUCUCGGUGUCAAAUUUGAAAAGCACUUUGGCGCCGCUGUGACUUUGGUAGCUUCCGUUGCUGCGACGCACUCAGAUGUCGAAGUGGUCGAGUGGAGUUUCACCUGCCUGGCAUGGAUCUUUAAAUUCUUGUCUCGUCUUCUUGUCCCGGACCUUAGACAGCUCCUGGGGAUCAUGACUCCAUACCUUGGAAAAGAGCGACAGAAACCAUUCGUCGCCCGUUUUGCAGCCGAGUCCAUGUCGUUUCUCAUUCGGAAAGCAGGAUUAGUAUAUUACAAGAAUAAGGCUCCUCUUGAACGCGCAGUAUCUUUUCUGUUCAAUGAUCUUCGGGAAACAGCCGCAGAGUCUAAGAACGUGGAUACGUAUAAGGAAGGUCUCAUGGUCAUGUUCUCGGAUGCUAUCAAGGGCGUGAAGGGUGGACUUCAUUCCAACGGAACUGAUAUUCUCAGUUGUGUUCUGGAUAAUGUACCUGUCGACGACGAUUUACAAUCCACCUUGGCCCUUGACGUCGCAAGUGGGAUAAUAGUGAACCUCAUCCAUCACACCUCGGGCGAUACAUUUGUGCCUGUUCUCGAUGCAGUAGCAGCAUGUAUUGCAACUCAUGUUUUGAAAACCGAAACUCAACAUGCGGAACUGUGCUCUCGGCUGAUCUUUCUCUGCGUGGCAACCCGCAAGGGGUCAAGAGUGAAGAAUUGGAGGGUCAUCCACCAGACCCUUUUGUCCUUACUCGAAAAAGCGGCGACUGCUCCAGGUGCAUAUGAUAAAUCCUUACCGUUACUCUUCACUACGGUAGCCUAUGCAUUCCAAACUUCUCCUAUGGAUGAGGUGCUACCGUUCAUGCGCCCUAUUAUGGACUAUAUAACUCACGACCACUUCUCGUCCUAUUUUAUAUCGUUUUGUACUCUCUUCGCGGAAUGGGGAGUUGAAAGGUUUCAUAGUGUCGUCCUUCCCUAUUUUCAGAGGUUCAUUAAUUCGUCGUGGUUGGAACAUGAACAUGAACUUUGUUUGGCCUUGCUUCGGCUGAAUCAGGCAGGAUGCGUCACAUCUGAAACUUCUAGGCCUGGGUACAUAACUUGUCCGGCUCCCUGGAAGUUGCACAUUCGGGAUGUGCUCAGCAAUCCGCACCCAGACAUCACAGAAAUAGCUCUUCUGAACGCAUAUGCGGAGCUCCCGAAGGCAAUUUCAUUACUUGCAGAGCCUUCUCUCACACCUUAUAUGGCUCAGAGUCUACAUGACCAACUGUUAUCUGCUCUUGGAAAUGACGAACUGGAACCUACACCAAGGACCAAAUUCCUACUUGGGCGCGGCUUCAGGACUUAUGUCGAGCUCGCAAUCCAAUCCAGAGACGCCGAUACGAAACUUUGGGAACACAUGAGCUCAGUUGCAGCAAAAUAUUCUCGUCUUCCUAUUUUCCUCGAAGCACUCCUUGCGUAUAUUUCUUCCUGCCCUGAAACGAUUAAGUUCGACGAAUCAUCUUUGGAUGACUUUGUUAAUGUUCUGAUAUCCAAUUUAUCUGGUCCUUCUCACCUGUCGAGACUACUAUCUUUAAAGAUCCUGAAGGAGGUCAUGGUUCGACUGACUGACGAUGAUCCUUACCCUAUCUCGUUGGCGAUAGAGAUUGAAGAAAGCCCCUUGACCCUUCAAUCCGCGAGGGCCAUAUCAAUGCUGGUUCGCAAACUUGCGAUUCUCUAUCCGCAGAUUGCCUCUCAGUCUUGGAUGGCACGUCUCGUCCCACAUUUUUGCUUCGGCUUGUUUUCGAAGAAAAUGACACCGCUCUGGGAUGACGCUGCUGCUGCUUUGAAAUCGAUUAGUGAGCACGCAGACGGUGAGAGAAUUGUAUCGGAUAUCGCCUUACGAUGGCUUCAAGAGCAAGGUUCGACUAUAUCAGAUGACAAUACGCCGGAAGACAAUGACACGAUUCCUUUUGCAUCCAGGGACUUUCAGUGCCCAAAUGCCCUGAAGGUGGAGAGUAUUUGCUCUGCCAACUUUCAACUUUCCGAUGAUCCCCGUACUGCAUUGAUGCGAAAUUUUGAGCAGGCUCAUACCUCGUCAGAAACCCUCCCCGUUUCUCCUCGGACUCAUUCUUUGCGCGUCUUCGCUGCGGCGCCGAAUGUUGCUGAAAAGCACUCACGUCAAAUUGUCCCGUUAUUUUUAUCAUGGGCGCUGCAUGAUGAGGAUGAUCAAAUACCUUCUAGCUCCAUCCCGACAGAAUCCCACGCAGCUACUGGAACACAACUUUCUUGGGGCUUCAAGGACCGGCUGGCGAUGCUUGCAAUUUUCGGACAGUUUAUAAAUCCGAAAGUUCUGUAUAAGUCGUCAGAGGUAUAUGAAGCGCUACUUGGACUCCUCUGUCACGGCAAUUCAGAAAUUCAAAAAUCUUGUCUCAAUGCCUUGUUCACUUGGAAAUCACCUCAUUUACUGCCGUACCAAGAGAAUCUGCUUAACCUUUUGGAUGAAAAGAGAUUUCGCGAUGAGAUAGCUGUUUUCGUGCAUGUGGGGCGCGAUGAUAGUGUGAUUGAAGAAGAGCAUAGGGGCGAACUCCUUCCCGUCUUGCUUCGGAUUCUUUAUGGUCGCAUGAUCUCUAAAGCUGGCGCAAACUCUGGACAAGCUGGACAGGCUGGGCGACGAAAAGCGAUUCUAAGAACGCUCUCGCUUCUGCCCGAUCAAGACUUCGAGCUCUUUAUGCAGCUAGCAUUUGGUCCUCUUGGACAAGUUCAAGUUGUCCAGGCUGGUCACGCUAACGAACAGUCCUUCUCUCAAGAGUUGGCUAGUCCGAGGAGGCAGACUGGUUUAUUGAAGAUGAUUGAAACCGUCUUCGAAGCCCUUCAGAGCCGCAUGUACCCGUACGCAGAAAGAGCCCUGAAUGUGAUUGUAUACUGCCUUGUUCGCGCGUGUCGAGCCAUUGCGAAAGAGCAGACGGUCGAUGAUGCUGAUUCUGAGGGAGGUCGGAUAGUAAAUGUGCUCCGUAACAUCCGUCAACUCUGCAUUCGCUGCCUUGAUCUGGUGUUUUCUAUUUCUCUGGACAAAGAUUGGACACCCUACGUUCGUAUCGUCUUUGACGAGGUGAUCAACCCCAGGAUGGAGAACUUCGCGAUUGAGACAGCACAAGGAGUAUCAGGGCUUCUUCGCCUCUUCCAUACUUGGGCAUCCGCCCCUCGAUCAUGUUUCUAUCUUGUACGGCAUAACGAUAUCGUCCUCACAAAGGUCACAGAUUGUCUUGGUGUGGACUCAGCCCGCGAUGAAGUGAAACUUUUCGUGAUGGAUGAGAUCCUUGUGCCGUUAAUUGAACUUUCGAAUGGGAAAAAUCUAGAGGAACGAGAGAAUAUGACAGAUUUUGCACCUGCUGAAAUUCGAUCGGAAGUCUUAUCCCCUUAUACUGAGCACAUUCUUUCCCAUCUUGGCCGCCUCCUCAAGCGAGGGCCUUCACGUCCAGUUCUGAUCUCCGGUGUUCAAACCCUAUCUCUUCUCGCACCCUGUGUUGAGUCUUCCCAAGAGACUUCUAGUCUUAUCAGCAUCACUACAUACCUUCUACGCCAGCCGCCGGAUCGGGUGUCGCCGAAAACCAAAUCUGGAUUGCUGCGUAUCUUGGAGCACUUCCUUCCCCUCUACGAUCCACAGGAAGAUACACAGCUCUCUCAACAGGUGUUCGAAGCGAUUUGCUCGUUAUUCGACUACUUCAGAGAUGAUCAGAAUAGGGAGGUCUUGUCAAGAGUGUUUAUAGCCCUUUCUGGGCAUGAUUCCGAGCUCACUGAGGCGGCUUCUCUAUGCGCUGAUCUGAACUCUAUAUCAAGGAAAAGACUUGAAGUUGAUUACGAGUGCCGACUUCAAGCCUUUCGAAAAAUCAAUGAGGAGCUCUGGGACAAGUUUAAUGCAAAGCAAUGGAGACCCUUACUUUUCAAUAUGCUCUAUCAUGUCAAAGACGAAGAGGAACUCGCUAUACGAUCUAGCGCUUCAUUUGGCAUAAAACGCUUCAUUGAAAAAGCGACUUCUUCAGCGGACCGUGGCAGUGACGAGUUCGAACCAAUCUUGAUGAAGGUGUUGUUUCCUGCUUUGCAAAACGGAGUCCGACAGAAGUCAGAGCUGGUUCGAUCCGAAUUCGUUUCUGCACUGGGUUAUUUUGUAAAUCUAAACCCAACAAGAGCAGCUGUUCAGGACAUGCAUGUGCUUUUGGUGGGUAAUGAUGAUGAGGCCUCUUUUUUCAACAACAUCCUCCAUAUACAACAACAUCGCCGCCUACGUGCUCUGCGCCGUUUGGCCGCCGAAGCAUCGAAAGGAAAGCUGCAGGCGUUGAAUAUCAGCACAAUCUUCAUUCCUCUCAUUGAGCACUUUGUUUUCGACCAAGCCGGUGAUGAGGGAGCUCACAAUCUAACGGCGGAGGCAGUGGCGACUAUCGGAGCUGUAGCGGAAUGGAUUGAUUGGAAUCAAUUCCGAUCUAUCUUCCGGAGAUACCGUGGCUAUAUGCAAAGCAAGCCUGAGCUGGAAAAAAAUAUUAUUAGGCUACUCGGUCGCAUGUCUGAUGCUCUAACGAAUGCGGUUAAUCAGAUGAAUAAUAUGGAGAAUGGAGUUGGGGAAGAUGAGAUGACCGGGGUGGAACUUUCAGAACCCUUGAAGCUGACUCUAUCUCGAUCAAUUCCGUCAACUUCGAAGGUUUCCACGGAACUGACAACCCAUUUUAUCCCGUUCUUGACCGACUUCAUCCAUCACAAGGAAGAAUCCGAAAUGAGCCUCCGCUUGCCGGCAGCGGUCACUGCUGUCAAGCUUCUGAAGCUCCUCCCCGAGGAUGAUAUGGCCAUUCGUCUUCAACCUGUUCUUCUCGACGUUUGCAGUAUCCUGAAAAGUAAGGUACAGGAAUCUCGGGACACUGCUCGAAAAACGCUGAACGACAUUGCACUACUUCUGGGGCCAGCAUACUUCGGUCACAUCCUUAAAGAACUUCGAAACACUCUAGCGCGAGGAUAUCAGCGUCACGUCCUCUCAUUCACCGUCCAUUCUAUGCUUGUAGCCACCACAGAUGAUUUCAAGCAAGGGGAUCUGGAUUACUGUUUAGCGGAACUGACUUCUGUGGUGAUGGAUGAUAUCUUCGGGGCUAUAGGCCAGGAAAAAGAUGCCGAAGAGUACGUGAGCAAAAUGAAGGAAGUCAAGAGUAACAAGAGCUUUGAUUCCAUGGAAUUGCUGGCAAAGAAUUCAACUGUCAAAAAUCUAGCGCAUCUCGUCAGGCCUUUGCAGGCGCUGUUGCGCGAAAAGCUUACGACGAGCAUUGUUAGAAAGAUUGAUGAACUCCUGAGACGAAUUGGUGUUGGUUUGCUGAGGAACCCCGGUGCCGAAAGUCGCGACCUCCUAGUCUUUUGCUUUGAGGUCAUAACCGAGUCCUAUAAAGAACCUGCCGAUAGUGAGACACGAGUUGCCGGAUCUGCUUCCGAGAACCGCUUUCUGGUGAAUCUGCAGGGGGCCAAACGCGGCGAAAAGCGAGGCACGACUUCUUCUCAUGUGUAUAAGUUGAUUCGUUUCGCCCUUGACGUCCUUCGGUCAAUUUUGAACAAGUACAGUUCUCUUUUAACGCCAGCGAACUUAGCUGGAUUUUUACCGAUCAUUGGGGAUGCGUUAGUACAGGCACAUGAGGAAGUGAAGGUUUCCGCCCUUCGCCUACUGUCUACCAUCAUCAAGCUCCCUUUGGCUGAAAUUGACGAGAAUUCCCAUGUCUACCUUACGGAAGCUGUGAAAAUCAUCAAAGAGUCCCCAAGUACCAACACUGAAAUUGCGCAAGCAUCACUCAAAUUGAUCGCGGCCAUGAUUCGGGAGAGGCAUAGCACGAAACUCAGAGAUGGACAUCUUGCAUUCUUGCUAAAACGCCUCAUUGAAGACAUUGAAGAGCCCGACCGCCAAGGUGUGACGUUCAACUUCAUCAGAGCUGUAAUGAGUAGGAAAUUUGUUGUCCCCGAAAUGUACGAACUGGUGGAUAACAUUGCAUCGAUGAUGGUCACGAACCAGACUCGCUCUGCACGAGAUCUGGCACGGGGUGUAUACAUUCACUUCUUGAUUGAAUAUCCACAAGCGAAGAGCCGAUGGACCAAGCAGCUUAGCUUCCUGGCCAAAAACCUCGAAUACAAAUACCCAGAAGGCCGUCAAUCUGUUAUGGAAGCGUUGCACAUGCUGCUGUCGAAAACCGGUGAUGAGCUGGCCCAAGACAUUGUAGGUACCUUCUUUUUACCUGUUGUCAUUGUCAUGGCCAACGAUGAUGCACCUGAGUGCAGAGAGAUGGCAGGCACGCUACUUGGAGAGUUAUACAGUCGGGCAGACAGAGAACAAAUGAAGACCAUUCUCACACCUCUCCGAACUUGGCUCGAGCAGACGGACAACAUGCUUCUCAAUAACACCGGGCUUCAGGCCAUGAGGAUCUAUUUUGAGGUAGAGAAAACGGAGAAAGAGAAGCAGGCACGCUUCGUCAUAGGAGUUCUCCCCGAUAUUAUCCAGCCGAUUGUCGAAGAACAGGAGAACGAAAACUGGCAGACGCUGUAUUUCUCCCUUCAGCUUUUUACAAAGCUCUGCAAGACGGUCCCUUCGGUUGCCCUCGCCAAUGACUGCAGCUCUAUUUGGGCGUUGAUCCGCAGGUCUCUGCUCUAUCCCCAUGCUUGGGUUAAGACAUGCGCCGCAAAUCUCAUUGGUUCAUGGCUCGCAGACUUGGCCAAGGCAAAUGCGGCGGAAGGCUACGGUUCACUUCCUCUCGUUGGAUCAGCAGGGUUAGCUCUUGAUGGUGAAGCAAUGAAACAACUACUUUACGCCAGCAUACGCUGUCUUCGAACACCCGGGAUCCGUGACGAGCUUGCAGUUCAAUCUGUCCGCAACAUAAUUUUCUUGGGUCGGUGCUGUGCUCAAAAUGGACUUGAAUUCUCCAAAGCUCAAUCGAAUGAGCCUGAAUCGGACAGUGAUGUGGAUGGUUAUGACGAUAGCGAAUCAGUCGAAGACGACAAACCCAAAAACUCGGCUAAGUCCGCCGUUCAAUACAUUUUUCAACAGGUCUCCUCUAUUCUACGCAGGGAGACACUCACCACCCGUGCGGAGUAUUUAGUACCCAAAACCGCGUCCAUGGGUCUCCUCGCAGCUAUUUGUCGGCAUCUAGAGGUUGAACAGAUCAAACCAUCUCUACCAACCAUCCUUCUUCCUCUUCAACAUCUAACAGACUCGUCGAUACCGGCUCCGCGUUCGUCGGACGAAGGUUUCCGGAAUGCUUACAAGGCUCUUGUUUCCAGCUGCCAUGAGAUCCUUGAUAUCAUCCAAAACAAGCUGGGCACUACUGAGUACAUCGAUCAGAUGGCUCUUGUCCAGGAAUCUAUCAAACAGAGGCGUGAAGGCAGACGUGUCAAGAGACGAAUUGAGGCCGUUGCAGAUCCCGAGAAAUACGGGCAGGACAAGAAGCGGAGGAACGAGAGGAAACAUGAGAAGCGGAAGGAGAAGGGAAUGGAACACCGGGGAAAGAGACGAGGAUGGUGA